AUGGAUGACGGAGGUGAAAAUAUAUCAUGGGUUGGGAACUUGUUCCAGAAGUUAGAAGAUUUGUACUUAGAAGUUGAUGUGGCUGUGCGGGAGGAGGUAAGAAAUGUUGAAAACAAUUUGCAGACAAUUGGUGCCAAUGUUGUGAACUUUUAUAGGGAUAUGGUGCUUGAUAAACCUCUUCAGUCAUCAGAAGAUGUAGUAGUGGAAGAGGCAGCUGAUGACAGUAUUGAUAUUCUAAUCUCUGAUGCUUCAAAUCUCCGUAAUGAUGAAGUCCACCAUGAGGAGGAGACAAAGAAAGAGGUAGCUCAUGACAUUGGCUGUUUGGUCUCUUAUACUUCGGAGAUGGGUACUGAUGAAGACCACUAUGAGGAGGAUGCAGAGGAGGAAGAUGAUGCUUCUGGGGAAGAUAAUGAUGAAGAUUACUGUGAGGAGGAUACUGAGGAAGAGGCAGAUGAUGCUUCAGAGAUACUUACCGAUGAGGAGGAUACAGAUGUUUCAGAUAUAGAGACCUAUAAAUAUAACUCUGAGGAGGAUACAGAAGAAGAGGCACUCUAUGACAAUGAUGUUCUGGGCCCUGGUGCCUUAAAGACAGUUUUUAAUGAAGGCCGUGGGAAGGUAUUGCUUGAAUUCCAUAAACUGAUCAGCUCAGCCUCAGUAGAACCUACUGAUCAAGCUCAGUACGAUUCAUCUUUACAGCGGAAAGUUGAUUGUGGGGUUUAUGCGGAGGAGAAUCUUGCCGAGAAAAAGGAUUCUUUUGAAUCCAUGAAAAUUGAUGAAAAUAAGGACAUGACAGACAGAACUGAGUUUGAGAUAACUGGGAAGAUUGAGGAAAAGGGGAUGUUGAGACUGAGUCGAAAGAAGCUAAUGAAGUUGUUCGGAGUUACGGUUGAAAUCCCAGAUGAUGAAUUUUGUGAUUCUGAAUGGAUGGUAUUUGCUUUGGAGAUGCUGGGGACUUGGCUGAGAAUAUCUGCACACGACACAAUUCCAGGGUAUCAGAUUCAAGCUUGUUCUUGA